AUGGCGGCCGAACAGCGCAAGCUGCUCGAGCAGCUGAUGGGCGACCAAUUCAUGGGCGCGUCCUCCUCGAGAACAGCAAACCUCACACUGACAUCACCGAACGUGUGCCGGUCGUAUCUGGUAGGCACAUGUCCUCACGAUCUGUUCACGAACACAAAGCAAGACCUUGGCCCGUGUCCGAAGGUGCAUCCGGAAAAUUUGAAGAUAGAAUACGAAGGACUGUCGCCCGCGGAGAAGCAGAAAUACGGCUUCGAAUACGACUAUCUCCGGGACAUGCAAAAGUACAUCGACGAGUGCAACCGGAGGAUCGACCAGGCGCAGCGGAGGCUUGAGAAAACGCCCGACGAAAUCAGACAGACCAACAACUUGCUCAAGACGAUAUCCGACCUGACGAAGACGAUAAAUACGGGCUUACUGGAAGUAAGCUGCCUGGCCGAGAUGGGAUCGGUGUCGUUGGCUUGCACGGAAUUCUACAAAGUCCGGACAGCAAAGGUCGCCAAAGAGCAGGCCGAAAGAGACCUGAAGGCACUCUCCGACACGAGCGGACCGUCGGGACACCAGAAGCUACAAGUCUGCGACGUGUGCGGGGCAUACUUGUCAAGACUGGACAACGAUCGGCGGCUGGCGGAUCACUUCUACGGCAAGAUGCAUCUUGGGUACGCGCAGAUGCGGAGGACGUAUGAGCAGCUACAGAAGGAAUUAAAGGGACGACCGCCUCCUUCGCGACCGGAGGAGAGCAAUCCCUCUGGGCCAAGAGGCUACGAUGACGGAGGCUACGGCGACGGCGGUGGCUGGGGACGUGGAGGGUAUGGUGGUCGUGGUGGAUACAGAGGCGGUGGCGGGUACGGCGGUCGGCGAGGCAGAGGAAGGUGGUAG